AUGACCUCUCUCAUUGGACUGAUGUACAAAGUGAGAUCAAUACAACAAGCAGAAACGAAACAUUUCAGUUCAACUAUUCAUGUUGACACUGGACAAACAUCUUCACCCAAUACACAAAACUCUCCUUCUACAACAAGAGAUGGACAUAUUUCGACCCAAUCAACAUUCAAUACGAAUAGCAGUGGAGUCAAUUACCUUACCAUUGCAAGAAAUCCUUCUCUAAUGACCAUCUCCACUGUCAUGUCCUUUCUCUUUGCGUUGAUCAUGCAUCUAAGAAUAUUAAUUGGUCGGAAACAAUUUCCAUGUUUUUUGUACAAGUUGGUCUAUCACUUGGCAGUCCCAUCGAUGUCGACGACGAUUAUUUUGAGGACCAUGCGAGUGGCAAUGUUGGGACUUUUGAAUCGAUUGAAGGAACACUUGUCAGAUCCUCCUCAAGUCAUGAAUGGAAUUGUCAUUGACAUUCAUUCUGUAUCACAUCCAAACGAUCACACUUCACCAAAUUCGUCUCCUUCCUCCUCGUAUCCUCUCUCUCACCUUAAUUCAAGCACAACAUUCACUGCUGUGGAAAGAAAAUCCCAGAAUGAAGAAUUCUUUUUUCGAACUGUGAAUAACAUGAGUACUGUUCAAAUUGCCAACAAAAUUUGUCCUUCUCUUCUAUUUGGUAAUAAUUUUCAUGCAUCUUUCUCUUUAUCUUACUAUUGGAAGCAUUGA